AUGGUAUUUCUCUUUGCAAUUAACGUGGCGAUUUGCAUCUCAGCCAUUCUGGAAAACAUUUUGAUUCUCGUUGCAUUUCGAAAGGUUUCUUCCCUGCAUCCUCCUUCUAAGCUUUUAUUUGAGUGCCUUGCUUUUACAGAUCUUGGCGUUGGUUUAUUACACCAACCCCUUCAUAUCGCCUCUUUUACGCUUCACAAAAACGCCAAGACUUGCUCUUAUAUCAAACUGGCGUCAUGGAUCGUGGCUGUCACUUUCUGUGGAGUGUCUCUUCUUACGUUGGCUGUGGUUAGUGUGGACAGACUUCUUGCACUUACACUUAAGCUACGAUACAGGCAGGUGGUGACUCUAAGACGAACACAGUUUAUUAUAGCUAUUCUUUGGGUCGGUAGCAGUGCUAGUGGAUUGGUAUCCCUUUAUAACGGGAGGAUUUCUUUCAUGAUUUCCUUCCUGGGUACUAUGACGUUUAUCACCAUCUCAACAUUCUGCUAUAUUACGAUAUUUAUAAAGCUUUUUCAUCACCAAGCUCAAAUUCAAGGGCAAGUCCUCAAUGCACAGCAUAAUAAUGUAGGCAACCAACUGAAUAUCUCGCGCUACAGAAAGACAGUCUCGAGUGCUCUCUUUGUGCAACUGACAUUAGUUGUAUGCUAUACUCCUUUUGGCGUGGAGAGAGGGUUCAUUGCUACUAAUAGACACGUGUCAUCCUUUGCCGCGCAAGUAGCAUGGUCCUUAGUUGCGCUGAACUCUGCUCUUAAUCCAAUAAUCUACUUCUGGAAAAUGAGGGAAGUACGACAUGCAGCGAGGACAUCAACUGAACAACUUUGUUGCCGAAGUCGAGUUCCCUAA